GGUCUCUACUUGUACGUGUGCCCCAAAGUUGUGCGAGAGUCCCGCCUGCUGUGCAUUCCUGUUGCGUCUCUGACAUGGAGGAAAUGCUGUCCUUCUUGGAUGUGGCCAUUGAGUUCUCUCCAGAAGAGCGGGAAUGCCUGGAGCCUGCUCAGUGGAAUCUGUACAGGGAUGUGAUGUUGGAGAAUUACAGCAACCUUGAAUUCCUGGGUCUUGCUGUCUCUAAACCACACCUGGUGACAUUUCUGGAGCAAAGACAAGGGCCUUCAAGUGGGAAGAGACAAGCAGCAGCCAGCGUGCACCCAGGAACAAGACUCAGUGAGUAUCACGUUUACAAAGCCAUUGACUGUAACUCACUACACAUUCAACACCGGAGAAUUCAUAGAAGGGAGAAACGCUACAAGUGUGAAGAAUGUGGUAAGGCCCUUAGUUCUUAUAAAACACUUUCUAUACACAAGAGACUUCACACUGGAGAAAAACCCUACACAUGUAAAGAAUGUCACAAGGCCUUCUGUACUCGCUCAUCACUUUUUAUACAUCAGAAAAAUCACACUGAUGAAAAAACCUACAAGUGUGGAGACUGUGGCAGAUUAUUUUACUAUCUUUCAAUGCUGAAGCAACAUCAGAGAAUUCAUUCUGGGGAGAAACCCUACAAGUGUAAAGAAUGUGGCAGAACUUUUUACGACCCUUCCUUACUGAAGAAGCAUCAAAGCACUUCUUGUGGAGGGAAACCAUACCAGUGUGAAGAGUGUCAGCAGACGUUUCUUUAUCACUCAUCCCUUAAGAACCACAAGGCAGUUCACACUGGAAAGAAACUUUGCAGGCAGAAAGUGCGAGGGAAAGGAUUUACUAGGCCCGCCUUCCUCUUUGAGGACAAGGCAACUCAUACUGCAGAGAAAACGUACACAUGUGCAGAGUGUGGCAAGUAUUUUUACUCUGUUUCAUCCCUUAAAAAACAUCAAAUCAUCCAUUCUGAAGACAGCCGUCCCUACUCGUGUGCAGAGUGUGGCAAAAGGUUCUCCUCCUUUGCACACCUUCAUCAACAUAAGACAGUCCACACUGGAGAGAAGCCAUACAAGUGUGAGGAGUGUGGCAAAUAUUUUUCCAAACGUUCAUCCCUUAGGCGACAUCAACCAAUUCACUGUGAAGACAAUCCCUACAAGUGUGAAGUGUGUGGCAAAAGGUUUUCCUACUUUUCACGCCUUCAUCAACAUCAGAGAGUCCACACUGGAGAGAAGCCAUAUAAGUGUGAGGAGUGUGGCAAAUGUUUUUCCACAUGUUCAUUCCUUAGGCGACAUCAAACAAUCCAUUCUGAAGACAAUCCCUACAAGUGUGCAGAGUGUGGCAAACGGUAUUACUGUUCUAGGGAUUUUCAGGAACAUCAAUCAAUUCAUACUGGAAAGAAACCCUACAAGUGUGAGGAAUGUCACAAAGCCUUUCGAUAUCAUGGCUCCCUUAGGAAACACAAGAGACUUCACACUGGAGAGAACCCCUAGAAGUGUGAAGACUGUGACAGAAGGUUUUCCUCAUCUUCAACACUUAGACGACAUAAAA